AUGCUCAAUUUCUCAGCCAACGCCAUCGUCGCCGCAUUGCUGAUCUCGAUUCAGCAUGUGGCUUGCUUGCCAGCUAACGUUACUGCUCAUAACUGGCCUAAACCUCCCUUCAUCGUCCCCAUCGACGGUUCGGCAAGCACACUCCGCCUGACAGCAAUAUCAGGCUACGCCAUGCGCGGCACAGCCCACGCACACUUCCACUCCCUCCUGCAAUCCCUCUCCGCCGAAUUCACAGCCAUGAACCCUUCCUCUUCCAUCUCGUCGCGCACAAACACCAGCGGGGACGUCAGGAUCGUCACUAUCAUCAGCGACGCCGGCGUCCCGCCUGAAUUCUUCGCUGUUCCUGAGCGCGGUGGGAUCCUAGAGCUUGAAAGCGAGAAACAACACUUGGUGCCUAGGGGUGAAGAUGAUGGAGGAAGUGGGGUUGGGCAAAAGGCUGGGGUAACAGGGCUGGAAGUCAGAAUAGCAAAAGCAGCAUUCGAGAAGAUCCUAGAUCGCAAAGCCUCAACCGAAGUCUCGUUGACAUUCGAAGGUGGAGAUGAUUACGAGAAGAAGACCGCAAUGCUCACUUUCACCCCUCACUCAUACUUGAAAAUCGCACUCAUCCUCCUCACCCUCUCCUAUCACUCCUGCGCAGCACCUCCCGCAGCAAUCGUCCCAGCAGCCCUCCGUUUCGGCUUAACAUGCAAACCCCACCCACCGAGUACCAUUCUGGGCGACCCAACUGUCUGCAAAGAUCUCGUCAUCAACCUCCCCGACACCCUGUUCAGCCCCUUUCUCUUCACCAACAACCCAGCAAAAGCCAGGACGCCAUAUGGUCCUGUCCCCUUCGAUCUCACUUCUUCCACCAACCCCACCACCAACGACCUCACAAGCUAUGACAAAAAACCAUCCAGCUCAUCCCUCUCCCUUCCAUCCAAUAUCACCAACCCCAACCACAGUAAAUGCACCCUCCACUUCUCCUUCCCCGACCGCACAGAAGCCGAUCACGAAGAACUCUGGGGCACGAGAUAUCUAGCGAACUUGGUAGUGCAAGGGUGGGCGAAAUGCAUGAUCGAUAUUGAUGCCGCGGGGACACUGACGCCAAAGGAGCCAGCGCAGUGGGCGGAGGUCGUGCCGAAACCGGGGAGUGAGACGAGGAGGUUGGUUGUGGGGUUGAGGGCUGAGGAGUGA